AUGACAAUGACAAGAAGUAACGAUAUUGUAGAGGAUGAACAAAGUAUUGAGAGGCAAAAUAAAAUCAGAGGACGGGGAAGCUCGUCUCUUUCUGGACAUUUGAUUAAUCGAGUCGGAAGUUAUUGGUAUGGAUUGGAGGGAAUAGAUAAGAUGAAUAUGGGACAGACAGCUGACCAUCAGAAGCAAAAAAAUAGAGGUCAAGUGUGGCGAUAUUCCCUGACAUGGCCAUUGGGAUACGGUAGCGCGUUUAGGAUCGAAGGACGGAAGGGAGCUGUCGGUGGUUUCGCUUGCUGCGGGGAGACGAUGGCAGAACACGAACACGAUCACGAUUUUCAUACGGGCGAUGCUGGUGCUGCUACAACAUACCCCAAACAGUGCUCUGCUCUUCGCAAGAAUGAGAACGUUAUGCUCAAAGGUCGUCCGUGCAAGGUUGUUGAAAUGAGCACUUCAAAAACUGGUAAGCAUGGACAUGCAAAAGUCCAUCUUGUUGGCUUAGAUAUCUUUACUGGCAAGAAAUUGGAGGAUAUAUGUCCAUCUACUCACAAUAUGGAUGUUCCUGUCGUGAAGCGUAAAGAAUAUCAGCUCCUGUCAAUAAACGACGACGGCUAUGUCAGCUUAAUGGAUCUAGAUACAUGUGAAACAAAAGAUGAUUUGAAGUUACCUGAGGGUGACUUGGGAGAGCAGAUCAAACAGGCGUAUGAAAAAGAUGAAAAUGGGAUACUGUGCCUCGUUGUUGCUGCAUGUGGUGAGGAAGCGAUACUUGGUUAUAAGAAUAUGCCGAACAAGGAAGAAAAAUGA